AUGCCGCUCAGCUGGGAAUCACGCCAGGUUAUGCUAUCGAUUUUCAAGGCAACCAAGAACGCGCGUUACACGCUCAAAUGGAUCCAUUUCAAUGAUGCCAUGGCGGAGCUGGGGUUUGAAAUCACGCAGGCCGGCGUGGUUUUGACCUACGCCGUUCCGCCGCGCUGGGGCGGGGGCUCGCUCGUGUUGCACAUGGUGCAUACUGUCGCUCUCCCGGAGCGGCUCGCGCAGUCCUUGAUCUUCUUGUUACAGGACCACGAGUGGAAAAUGGAAAAAUCACAGCAGGAUUACGUGAAGACGCGUCUUUCGCAUGCGUUUGGCUGGGACAAGUGGACCUUCAUAUGGUGCGCAGAUGCGGGAUCGUUGGACUGGAACAGUGCGCGCGGUCAUGCCCACCUUCGACACGCCAUCCGACACGCUCCUCGAUGGCGGCGCGUCUCCGGCCAGAACGCGCACCCGCUCGGCGACGACGCGCACUCCUUCCCUCCCUCGCGCACCCCUUCCCUCCCUCGCGCACCCCUUCCCUCCCUCGCGCACUCCUUCCCUCCCUCGCGCACUCGUUCGGCGGCCACCCGCUCGCCCUCAGCACCUCAGCGCCUCAGCGCCUCCGCCUCCCGCGUCGGCGCUCUUGCGCGACGCCCCGUCGCCGAGCCCGCACACGCACACGCCCGCCCCUCGCACACUCGUUCGGCGGCCACCCGCUCGCCCUCAGCGCCUGCGCCUCGGGAGCCUUGCGCCCCGCCCCGCCUCUGGACCCGCACACGGCCGCCCCGCGCGUACUCGCUCGGCGGCCACCCGCCAGUGCUCAACGACUCCGCCUCGGGACCCUCGCCCCCCGCCUCACCGCCUCACCCGCACACGCCUGCGCGAAGCAUCUCGACGCCGCGCACGCACGCGGGCGAGGAGGCCGGCAAGCCCGAUGCGCUCACAGGAGCUGCCGCGGCGCGCGAGAAGCUCUCGCGGCGCGCAGAGCGCCUGCGCCUCGGGAGCCUUCGCGCCCCGCCCCGCCUCUGGACCCGCACACGGCCGCCCCGCGCGUACUCGCUCGGCGGCCACCCGCCAGUGCUCAACGACUCCGCCUCGGGACCCUCGCCCCCCGCCUCACCGCCUCACCCGCACACGCCUGCGCGAAGCAUCUCGACGCCGCGCACGCACGCGGGCGAGGAGGCCGGCAAGCCCGAUGCGCUCACAGCGCGGCCGGCUCUCUGGCGCGGGUAUGCGCUCCCGCGACGCGCUGAGGAGCUGCCGCGGCGCGCGAGAAGCUCUCGCGGCGCGCAGAGGAGCUCCGAGCAGCUCCGAGCAGCUCCGAGGCGCGCUCAGGAGCUCUGA